AUUUUACCCACUUAUACAAUGCAAUAUUUUCUCUAGCCGCUGGGAGCUGCUCGCUCCACUAGCAGGCGUGAGGAUUACGCAGCCCCCUCUCCAUUUUACUGUUGCCCAGGCCACACUACGCGCACACACACUCAGCCUCACACCACAACUGGAUGUGUGCCAAACAGGACUCUCACAAGAGGUGGAGUGGACUUUCCGGUGCGCCUCUAAAUUGGCCCAUCUCCCCUGAUGGCGACUACCCUGUUUGAUACAGUCCGGCUUCCAACACCAUGACAUUGCAAGGAACAUACACAACAUACAAUCACUCACCUGUCAGUCUGAUGAAUUUCAUUCAUAACAAAAAGUGAUUCCUCAAACAGCCUUUUCCAAUUUCUUAACAGUGAUCUAUUUCAAUCAAUAGUUAUUGUAGGCAUAAGAAAACAUCUGUCAUCAAUUUUAUUUAAAAAAGAAUGACCACUUUGGCGUUAUCUGUCUAUCUCUAUGCUUUUGUAACAUUUUAUAUGACGACACAGAAAUGAAAUGAACACAGGAAUUCGCUGUUCGGACAUAUUGUGGUCAUGGGGUCAUUUUCUGCGUCUCGCGACCAUGACUCCAGUUCGCUUUUUGUGUGACGCCCCCCAAAUCUAUGAAGAGUGUUUGCGUGUUCCGCUCAGCGAGUGGCGGGGACGAGGAGGUGGGAAUGCGAGACGGUAAAGGCGAAGGACCUAUGCAGCCACCGAACUGGACAACUGGUUUACGGCUCCGUUUUCUCGGUUGAUCACUGUAGAUAAAGAUUGGAUGUGUCUAAUAGUUGACAAUUUCUUAGGAUUUUUUUCUGUCUCCCUUUAUUUAUUCCAAUAUUCGUGGAAGACACCACGAACAAACCACUGGACAGUGGGGCUCUGGUCAGCUCGCAUCGCAUUGCUCCACAUGGUAUAAAGGUAUCAGAGAGGAUCAUGGGAAUAUAACAGCUGUCAGUGUGUUGUGAUUGGCUAACUGACAGCUGGACUGUUGUCACUGUUCUUACCUUGGCAUUACCCCACCACCUCCCCACCCCCCACCCAGUAUGGCAGAUACCCUGGACAUCUCUGGCCCUUCCUCUCCGGAACAGCAGAGAGCCAAUAGGAUCCUCAGUGAGCCGCUAAGACGAAGCCUGAAGCGCUCUCAUCCCUGCUCCCUCUCAGAGUAUCUCAACAACACCAACAGAAUAGCCCACCACCAUAGUAGCUCCAGUAGUACGGAUAUCAGGGGCUUCCUCCACCCCACCGCAGCCCAGCACAGGCCCAACCAGCCCAGGCAGCCCAAGCCUCACCGGGCCCCCUCCUCCAACAUAGACCUCUGGGACUCCCCCAGUGGGCUUCACUUGGCUCAUGCUGCAGAGCUGCUGAUGAGGGCUGGGGCCUUGACACUGACCCCCACACCCAAAGACCAGGGCCCUCUGGGCGGGCUGGGGGCUGGGGAGGCUGGGGGGGAUGGGGAGGAGGUGGAAGGUGGGUCCAGGGUUGAAGGGGACAACAUGGGUUGUGUGACAGACUUCCUGCCACUGCUAGGCUGCUCCUGGUUCUCCUUGAACCCAGGCCUGUUUGCUCUGACAGCAGGAGGAGGGGGAUUCCUGACUGGUGGUGGAGGGUCAAUGGGAAUGGCUGGCGUUGGGGAGGGUGUGGAGGGGCUGCGAGGUGAGAGCUCGUCCCCUGGCGGCGGGGGAGGAGCUGGGAGAAGGAAGAGGAAGCGAUGCGGAGAGUGUGUGCCAUGUCGACGGAUGGGGAACUGUGAAGAGUGCAGUGCCUGCCGCAACCGCAAGACCGGACACCAGAUCUGCAAGUACAGGAAGUGUGAGCAGCUGAAGAAGAAGGCAGCCACUGGGUUAGAGAAGAUGGUGUUUCCGUCAGGAGCAGCGUUUCCAUGGCUACAAUAGGAUUCCACCUAUCUCUCCCAAAGAACUGCCAGUCAAAUUAAAUUGACUCCGCCCAUUUGGAAUGUGAUCAUGGACACUCUGGACGUACAAACGUACAAAGUCAAUUCAGGUGGCCUUGUUGGAUUGGCUUGGAGAGUACAGUAUCUUCGACAAUCAAAAACAUGAAGAUGAAAACUCAAUGAAGAAAAGAGAAGUCAUACCAAUGGAUUUACAUAUUGUUGAGCCCAAAAUGAACCACCUCAUUAACCACAGAGUAUUGUUUAUUCAUUGAAAAUGUAAUUCCUUUUUAUACUCCAUUUUGGAACAUUUUGUCAUCGAAGCUUCUGACCUGGACGUUUCCAUAUAAGCCAAACCAAGAAGGACAGACGUGGUCAUAAUAUGAUGUUUAUGUUUGUUUUUCUAUUCAUGUCACAGUUAAUAAAAUGAUGAGUAGUAGAUGUACUUAAGUCCUGAUUAGUGUCUAGUUCUUACACCUCUAUGGUCUGCCUUCUGAAUAAAGACAAGGAAACUGCCUGUCUA